AUCAUUUGUUUGUGCUGAGGACAUCUCACGAGAAAAUGUGUCAAUCCAGUGGACUCCAUCCCUAUGCACGUGCCCAUGCUCCGGACAAAAGAGUAAUCCGCAAGCGACUCUCGGGGCUUUCAUCGAGCAGUUCACCAAGGGCAAGCUCUCCUUCCUUUCUCAUGGCUCUCACAGUACUGUUCUUUCUCUACUACCUAAGCUCCACUGCUCUCUCAGCGUCUAUUAUCACCCAUCUCCCAGGUUUCCAAGGGCCUCUACCAUUCUAUCUGGAAACAGGAUAUGUGAGUGUGGAUGAGGAGAACGGCGUGGAGCUAUUCUACUACUUCAUAGAGUCGGAGAGGAAUCCGAGUGAAGACCCACUCCUUCUCUGGCUCACUGGAGGACCAGGGUGCUCUGCCUUCAGUGGUUUGGUCUUUGAAAUAGGUCCUCUAAAAUUUGUGACUGCUGAAUACAAUGGGAGCUUGCCAAAUUUAGUCUAUCAUCCAUACUCUUGGACAAAGGUAGCCAACGUCAUCUUCCUAGAUUCCCCAGUUGGAACUGGGUUCUCGUUUUCAAGAAAACCUAAAGGUUACGCAGUUGGGGACAUUUCUUCAUCCAUGCAAGUCUACAAGUUUCUUAGAAAGUGGUUUGUUGAUCACGCACGAUUCCUUUCCAAUUCGCUCUACAUUUCCGGUGAUUCUUAUGCUGGGAAGGUUGUUCCAGUUAUUGCAAAAGCAAUAUCAGAAGAUAUUGAAGCAGAUCAGCAGUCAAGCCUUAAUCUCAAGGGUUAUUUGAUAGGUAACCCAGUAACAGGUUUAAAAAUUGAUAUGAAUGCUCGAGUCCCAUAUGCUCAUGGAGUGGGGAUCAUAUCAGAUGCACUUUAUGAGUUGAUACAAAAAAAUUGUGAAGGGGAAGACUAUGAAAAUCCUGUCAGAGCAAAAUGUGUGACAAAGCUUGAUGCUUUUCAUAAGUUCUACUCAGAAAUUCAUGCAGGAUAUAUUUUGGAUCCUAAAUGUACACGAGCAUCCCCCAAGCCCGAGGAUAUGAUUGGGGAUAGAAGAUCACUGGAGGAGUUAGAGCUCCAUAGUCCACCACCUCAUCCUGCUCUCAAGUGCAGGACAUAUGCUUAUUUUCUAUCCUACUAUUGGGCAAACAGUAAUGUCACAAGAAAGGCUCUCCACAUCAAGAAGGGAACAGUGAGAGAAUGGCAGAGGUGUAAUGACGACUUAGGUUAUAUAAAAGACAUCCCAAAUAAUAUAAAUUAUCAUCUUAGCCUUACCAGUAAAGGUUAUCGUGCUCUCAUAUACAGUGGGGAUCAUGACUUGAUGAUACCUUUUUUGGGCACGCAAGCAUGGAUUAGUUCUCUCAACUUCUCAGUUGUGGAUGAGUGGAGAUCAUGGCAUGUUGGAGGUCAAGUUGCUGGGUACACAACAACAUAUUCCAACAAUUUGACAUUCGCAACUGUGAAGGGUGCUGGUCACACAGCUCCAGAGUACAAACCUGAGGAAUGUUUGGCUAUGCUCCAAAGGUGGAUUUCUAGCAGGCUUCUCUGAUCUACUUCCCUCAUGUUGCAGAAUGGAGCAAAUGUGCAUGAAAUGCGGUAUGGAUUGUUGGAUGUACUUGCUCCAGAAAAAGAACUUGUUUGAUUUAGUUUAUGAAAGAUGUUCUUGGUUAUUGUCUUGUGUGCUCUUUGAUAAAUUUUAGUUGGAUCUUUCCCAAUUAAUUCCUCUCAAAAAAAAAAUCUAAUUGCUUGUUGCU